AUGGAGGGCCCCGACUCCAAGAAGAAGCGCAGCCCCGCCGUCACCGGCGCCGCAGCCGGCGGCGGCAGCGGCCUCACCGAAGGCCUCAUCGUGGACAUCCUCUCUCGCAUCCCCGUCAAGUCGAUCUGCCGCUUCAAGUGCGUCUGCCCGUCGUGGCGCAGCCUCAUCUCCCACCCCGACAGCCGCAAGAAGCUGCCCCAGACCCUCGCCCGCUUCUUCUACUUCGACGAGUUCGAUUCCUGCGGCGGGCCGCUGGACUGCUGCAACGGGCUCGUCCUCCUGAACUCCCGGAGCUCCGAGCAGCGCGCGUCCUACGUCGUCUGCAACCCGGCCACCGAGAAGUGGACCACCGUGCCGCCGGUGCCGGAGCCAACCCAGGCCGGCAAGAUCUGCGUUUCCAGCAUCCUGUGCUUCGAUCCGGCCGUCUGGCCGCACUUCCAUGUGGUCCGAUUGCUUGAGGCAGACGAAGACGAUGGGUUUACCGAAGAAAUCCUGUUCGAGGGGUUUGAGAUCUACUCUGAAACAGGUGGCUGGGUUUUCCAUCCUCACAACAGCGGAUGGUCUCCUCAGAGCCACCGGAGCAGGAGAACCUAUUUCAAUGGCUUUCUGCAUUUCAUCACUCGCGAUGAACGCGCUGUCGCUGCACUGGACAUGAAAGGGCAGACACGGAGAACCAUUCCUGUUCCGCGAAGCAAAGAUGUUGAGCUCAUUGGGCAUUCUCAAGGGCGCUUGUUCUAUGCGGACAGGGAUGAUCGGAAAUUGAGUAUAGAUCAAGAUUAUAGGAAAUUGAGUAACAAUGACCGGAAAUUCAUUGAAGAUAGAUUUGAAAAGAGACUAUUACUAUCGGCGGUUGGAGGUUCUAUUCAGGGGAAUGUACUGGUUUCGAUAGUGGGCACAGUUGCAGCACAAUGA